CAGGGGUGCACGAGUGCAAAGGAGUGAGAUAUGCAGUGUUGGCAGAGUGAAUGUGACUAAUACCCAAUACUUGGACACUUGUACAGUUUCUGUUUCCCCACUGGCUCAGAGCUGGACAGUGAUCACAGGGAAGGACAGAAAAGGAUCCACAACCGCUGAAAAGGAAGAUUCAGAGAUAUGGAGACUACGAGAUGAAGAUGACAGUCCUGGUGUCUUCUUGGCCGGAGUGAAGUGGCCAGGUGCCCAAGAAAAGCAGGUCUAUGGCUCCAGCAUCACAGAAACAGAUUCGCCGCGACACCAGAGAAGUUGAGAUCGCGCCCAACAGCGCUGCAUCUGUACGAUGUACAAGGACCACAGGCCGAGUCGAGUCACAGGACUCAACGCUCUGCCCUUUGAUCCAUCAGCCAACAACGACCCUCUCCAGUUCAACGGUUCCAGCGCACCACUGGUGACUGAGUGUCCUCCCUUGGAAAACACUGCUGAGAGCAGCAAGAAGAGGAAGAGAGCCAGCCUGCCUCCAGAAGGCGUCUGUAACAUGACGAUGGACUCCAACUCCAUGACGAUACCCAUGUCAGACCCCAACCCCUGGGCAACAGCCAUGAACAACCUCGGCUUGCCCCCCAUGGGAAUGACUGGACAGCCGCUUAUGCCAGAUUUUGACCCCAAUCUUGGUAUGAUGGCUGGCAUUACUCCCAUGAACCCCAUGAUGCCUGGCAUUGGCAUGGUGCCUGCAACUCUCUCCCAGGACAUACCAGUUAUCAAGGAGAUCAUCCACUGCAAGAGCUGCACCCUGUUCCCCCCCAACCCCAACCUUCCCCCUCCCGCCACGAGAGAGCGUCCCCCGGGGUGCAAGACGGUGUUUGUCGGCGGCCUGCCGGAGAACGCCAACGAGCAGCUCAUCAUGGAGGUCUUCGGACAGUGCGGCGAUAUCACCGCCAUACGCAAAAGCAAGAAAAACUUCUGCCAUAUCAGAUUUGCUGAGGAGUUCACUGUUGACAAGGCUCUCUUCCUGUCAGGUUAUCGUAUCCGUUUGGGCUCCAGCACGGACAAGAAAGACACCGGCCGACUCCACGUGGACUUCGCCCAGGCCAGAGACGACCUCUACGAGUGGGAGUGUCGCCAGCGCAUGUUGGCCCGAGAGGAGCGUCACAGGCGCAAGAUGGAGGAGGACCGCCUCCGGCCGCCGUCCCCUCCCCCCAUCGUCCACUACUCGGAGCACGAGUGCAGCCAGCUGGGAGACAAGAUCAAAGACGACGGCAAGUUCGCAGAGGCUGUGCGCGUGCUCCUGACCUGGCUGGAGCGAGGAGAAGUCAACCGCAGGAAUGCCAAUAACUUCUACUCCAUGAUCCAGUCGUCCAGCAGCCACAUCCGCAGACUGAUGAGCGAGAAGAGUCAGCACGAGAAGGAGAUGGAGGAGGCCAAGGACAAGUUCAAGACCGCUCUGGCUGGAAUACUGGCUCAAUUUGAACAGAUUGUGUCUGUAUUCCAAGCUGCUUCCAAACAAAAGGCAUGGGACCAUUUCUCCAAAGCUCAGCGCAAGAACCUGGACAUGUGGCGCAAACAAGCCGAGGAGAUUAGAAACAUGCACAACGAGCAGUUGAUGGGCAUCAGACGAGAGGAGGAGAUGGAGAUGUCUGACGAUGAUAUGGAGGACGUCCCCGACAGCAAAGACUCUGAAGACUCAGGUGUUUCCCAAGCAGAAGCCUUAAAGGAGGAGAACGACUCCCUGCGUUGCCAGCUGGACGCCUACAGGAACGAGGUGGAGCUCCUCAAACAGGAGCAGGGCAAGAACCAGCCAAUCAGGAGUGAGGAGGACAACACUCACUCACAGCAGCUCAGCUUCUUACAGCAGGCUCUGCAAGGCAUGCAGAAGCAACUGUUAAAAAUGAGGGAAGAAUUAAAGCAGCGGGACGCCGAGCUGGAGAAGAGUUUGGAGGACAAACAGCAGCUGAAGAACCAAGUCCAGAACCUGAAGGAAGGUCUCCAAAACCUGCAGAACACACACCUCAUGCAGCUGGAGAUGUCGAAGCAGGAUGACAGAGGCAGCGACGAGAGCGCUAAUCAAACCAGUGAAGCUGCAGUAUCAACGCUGGUGUCCUGCAGUCAAGAAAAAGAGGGUCCUACGGAGAAGAACCCGCCGAGUCCUGUCCACUCCGAGAGGGAGGCUCUGCUUGUCGGGAUCAUUUCAACAUUCCUGCACGUCCACCCGUUCGGAGCCAGCAUCGAGUACAUCUGCUCCUACCUACAGCGUUUGGACACCAAGAUCAACCCCAGUGAGGUGGAGGCUCUUCUGUCUCGGCUGCCGUGCACCUUCAGGCAGGAGCUGACCGGUGUCGGAGCCAGUCUGGAGAAACGCUGGAACUUCUGUGGCUUCCAGGGCAUCAAGAGCACGUAGACUCUGCUGGUGACGCUUCUGGGACGUAGAAGAGACGACGGGUGGACGAAGCAACACAGACACACUGUAAAGAUGUGAAAGAGACAGUAUAAAGCCUUCAAGUAUCAAAGACUGGGCUGCACCCGAUUACAGUACAACAGAAGACUGAGCUCAGAUCUCAGAUCAGUAAGGAAUGUCAUGUGAGCAUUUCAGGGACUUUGUGAAGGUGGCAGAGAUGUGAAAUCACUGCGUUUCCCUGGCUCCAGAAAUGUGGACACCAAUCCCUGGCGAUGAAGUCUUCAUGAGUUUGAGCUCUUGGUUUCUGGGUGUCUGCAAAAUAUUUUUUUGACAUAAUGACUCUCUGGUAGUCACAGAAGAGCACAGAUUCCUACAGUCACUGGAUUAAAAUGUAGUUUUUGCCACGGGGCCGGGGGUAUUGUACUUUCUGAGCCUACAGUCGGCUCGGUACGGUGUCAGUGUGGGCCGGGUGUACAGGGCUAACCAGGGGAGCUUAUCAGGAUCAACCUGAACACUUCACCCCUCCACACCCUUCGGCCUCCCUCUCUUCUCUUUUUGCUGUUUCUGGUUUGUAACAUAAAAUACAAAUGGAUAUAUUUCUUCAUUUUUCUGUAAAGGCUGUUAAAAGUUGCAUAGAAUCAUUUGUUGUAAUACACUGUAAAUGCUUGGAUGAUAUUUUUGAUUAUAAAAAGAUGUUUGAAUAUA